AUGUCUUCUCUAGCCUCAUCGGACAACACUCCUGUGCCCGUCACCUCUCCGACUACAGCCCCCCCGGUGGCUCCUCUCACCCCGCUGGCCAAGCCUGAUUUUCACCUGGCGCUUGUUGUUUCAAACAUUAAGAAUCACAUUCCUAUUAUGCUUGACAUGGAGACUGAUCGCUAUGGCACCUGGGCGGAGCUUUUCUGCAUUCAUGCUCGUUCCCACCGCGUUCUGCAUCACAUUGUCCCUGCUGCGGACAAGCCUACCCCGCAAGUCACAGACCCUACUUAUGAGCCAUGGGUCACGUUGGAUGCCACGGUCCUUCAGUGGAUUUAUUCCACCAUUUCUAUUGAUCUAAUGUCUACCAUCAUGGAGCCUGACUCCACUACUUUCACUGCUUGGACGCGUUUGGCAGAUUUAUUUCAGGAUAAUCAGAACGCCCGUGUUGUCACCUUGGAGCAGGAGUUCUCUACUGUUCGUAUGGAGGCAUUUCCGACCGUCGCCACCUAA